GCAUAAAUACAGCGCAGCGGAGCUGUUUGUCAUCGAGCGAAAUUCUGACUGUAACAUAAGCAUAACUUGAGGGCUUUAAGACUGGUUCGGUGAUUUCAAGAAUGAAAGCACAGAGAGCUUUGUUCAUUAUAUAGAAUUUAACUUUGGCUUCUCUCAGUUUUGGACACAGUAAGGACACGGUCAAAAUGAGCCAGUACUACUUAUCCAGUGCGAAUGACUUGCAGUCUAUGGAGGCCAUAACUAGGCUCAUGCAAGAGGGUAUUUGGUCUCUCAGUAACAUGUGCACAUCCCUCUUUAACGCACAUGUAGAUCCAGUCACUGACAUGUGCUCCAAUUUUCAACAAAUCAAGAGACACAUCGAGCACGCCGAUCGGUGCUUGAAGGAGUCAGAGAGAUUACUGAAAGGAAAACUGACAGAUUUGGACGAAAGCAUGGUACGACUUACAAAAGAGCAGCAACACGUUCAGCAAGAGAAGCAAGAGAAAAGCCUGACCAUUGAAACAUUACACAGAAGGAUGACGUCUGCUGAAGAGUCAUUAAACGCUUCUAAUGCAGCUGUGAAGCAAGCAGAAAGAAACCAAGAGGCGGCAGAAUAUGAGCUAGAAAAAAUGGAAGAGUUGAAGACCAGUGGUAAAUUGGUGGCAAUUGCAGGGGCCGUCAUUACUGCAGUACCAGUUGUUGGGUGGUUUGCUGGCCCACCGAUAUUGUGUGACGGAUUAGAAACAAUUGUCAAGGCUGAAAACGCCAUCGUAAAUGCUAAAAACGAGGUGGAAGAGUGCACGUCUCAAGUGUGGAAGCACACAAAAAAUAUUAAAGACUACAGGAGCAGAAUCUCCAAAACACAGAAUGAGAUUGAGCGGACCAACCAGAUGCUCAGUAAUGUUCAGAGCAAUAUUGAAUGGCUGCAGCAGCGCCUAGUGGUCAUAGGUGAAAUUCAGCACAAUUUCAGGCCAGCUGUCUUCCACAUGAACAUUCUAAGUGGGCGGGUCAAUGUAAUGCAGACUCACACUGGAGGUUGCAUUUACUGGGAGCCUGUGAUCAAGAUUAUUCAAGAUGUUGGGAAUGCAGUAAUAACUAUUGCAAAUAAUCAGCUCCUCAAUGGUCAGAAUGUACCGGCUCUUAUAAAUACUUUGAGUAAGAAUAUUAGAGGACUGAAGGCUUUAUGCACAACACCUGACCAUUCUGAAUAUGUUGGCUAUUACUGAAAGAUCUCCAUCUAUUUUUAUAACAAUCAUUUUUAUAUUACCAACCAUAUAACACCAUUUCACUUCACACAACUGACUUAUAUUACUUCAGUACAUUUUAUAUUUACAUUACACAGCAACUCAAAUAACAAGCACCUAUUUUGUUCAAUUUAUUACUUAAAUACUUUUAAACCACUCUGUUAUGCCAAAUCUCAGUGUAAAGUCUAAGUUAUUUUUAUAGCUUUUUAUUAUAGAAAUCUAGAUAUUAGUUGAGAUUUGUUUUGUCCUGUAAUAUUUUUUCACUCAUUGUAUUGCAUAUUGUAAAAAUCCUUUCAAAAGUAAUAGCAGUAAUAUGAAACUUUAAAAAGACAGAGAGGGGUUAACAUGAAGUGAAAGGGAUAUCGGUUUAAAUAGAAAGAGCUUACAUGAGUCUCUAUUACAGAAUAUCACAUCAAAAGUCAAAUACAAUAUGUAUAGUGGAUAGAUAAAACAAACUUAGUAUUUCUAAAUGACUGUUUUGAUGAACAAUAUUGGACUUUGAAAAUGCAAUCUUUAUUAAAAUAUUUUCAAUUUCAUUUGAUCUAAAGGCUUAUAAGAAUAUAUACAGAGAAAAGUACAUUUCAAAUGAAAUCAUGUUUGUCUUUUCACAGUUCUAAUAAAGCAGCUGUGAAUAA